AGUACGGAUCAGAGAAAUGAGAAAUGGACAGAACAUGGAUUACGUGUUGAUUUCGAGAUGUGUUGUCUAUUUAUUCGUUGUUGCUGCCCAUUGCCGAGGACAGCUCAUUCCACUGUCACAGCAGUCGUUUAAAGAUAUCACUAGCAAUGUGUUCGAAACUCAAGUGGAAGGCGUCGUAGCGGCUUUUGGCGAUUUCGACUGCGAUAAGAAAACGGAUAUUUUCGUCAUAGCAGAGGACGGCCAUCGUGUGGAUCUAUGGUUGUGGCAUGAAAAAAGCUCUACUGCUCCUGGAAGUACUCCUGGUACUCUGCGCAAAUGUCAGAAUGCAACUAUUAAAAUACCAAAUGAAGUGAUAACCAGUGUGGUCCCAGGAGAUUAUGACGGUGACUCAAGGAUGGACCUAUUGGUGCUAACAAAACCAUUGACCAAAGCCAAGGAUGACACAGCACCUACCUCCAGUCACAUAUACUGGGGGAUUACAAAACAACUUGCAUUUGAUUUGAAAAAUACAACGGUUUCUGUUGAUAUGUUUGAUCAGCCUCUAGUAAUGGAUUACAAUGCUGACAUGGUUCCUGAUAUUUUUGGCGCUGAUUCAAAUGGUGACAGAUUUUUCUGGUCCGCCGAUCCCAACUCAAAGCACAACAGGAAUAUUGUACCCAAACCAUUCUCAGAUGAAACUGAAACUGCCCAGGAAACACUGCUCCCUCUACGAAAACCUCACUCGCAUAUAUUUGUUGAUUUGUCUGGAGAUCUCGGGGCAGAUCUUCUUGUCACUUCAGUCGACUCAGGUGUUACUAAAUUUGAACAAUGGAUAAAAACGAAUGAUAAGCUGCAAUGGGAUGGGACAUAUAUUGAUUUGCCAUCGGGUAACUUUGCACAUGUUGGACAGUCGGUAUACACUGACAUUGAUGCCAGUGGGAAAGUUGAUCAUUUGCUGCCAGUAUGUGAAGAUGAAUUAUGCCAUAACAGUGCUAUUUAUGCAAUGUAUGAUGAUGAGACUGAGUGGAGGUUAUUGUUGAAUGGAUUCACUUUUGGUUCCAUGGGUUGGGGAUUUAUACCACCAGCGGAUAAUCCACUGACUAUAUCCAAUAUACCAAUAAUGCUUAAUAUUGGAGAUUAUACAAUGGAUGGCUUUCCGGAUGCACUGGCAAUACUUCAAAAUACUAGUCAUGGGUAA